ACCCAAAGUCUCAAUCUAAUUGACUUCCUUUAAUUUUGAUCGUCCUCCAUAUUUAUACGUACGGCUACCUCCACUUUACACGCAUUCAAUUCUCUUUGUACGUCUCUCUCUAUAUAACAGCAGAGCCUGAAACUGAUCUAAUAAUUAGUUCAACACCAUGGGAAGAACGCCUUGCUGUGAAAAGAAUGGUGGCAUAAGGAAAGGUCCAUGGACUACUGAAGAAGAUCAAAAGCUCAUUGAUUACAUUCACAAGAAUGGUUAUAGAAAUUGGAGAACGCUGCCCAAGAAUGCUGGUUUGCAAAGAUGUGGAAAAAGCUGUAGGUUAAGAUGGACGAAUUAUCUUAAGCCUGACAUUAAAAGAGGCAAGUUUUCUUCUGAAGAGGAAGAAACAAUCAUUAAACUUCAUAGUAUAUUGGGAAACAAAUGGUCAACAAUUGCAGCUCAUUUACCUGGACGAACUGAUAAUGAAAUAAAAAACUUUUGGAAUACCCACAUCAGGAAAAGGCUUCUUCGAAUGGGAAUUGAUCCGAUCACUCACAAAACUCGACUUGAUAUUCUUGCUCUUUCAUCUAUUUUGAACUCGUCUAUUUACAAUUCGCCUCAAAUGAACUUGUUGAGGAUCCAACCCAUGGUUAACCCUGAAUUGUUGAGGUUAGCGGCUUCACACCUCUCAUCUCUAGGCAAUCAAAACCCUAACUUCAUUCACCAAAAAGACCUUCUUGAAAAUACCCUACAAGUUCAAGAAAACCAUCAUUUAGUCCAAGAUCAAACCCUAAUUCAAGAAAUGUCAAAUUGUACUUCAUUGAGUACACCUACUUGUGUUGUUACAUCUUCAUCUGAAACAUCCAAGCUCAUACAACCCAAUGUAAACGAAUUUCCUUCUAGUAUUUCUGAUUUUAAACCUCAAACUUAUCCAUAUAUUGAUAUUUUAACUUGUAAUAAUCUCGAGAACUUCGUCACCUUAUAUGACAACUAUGGUUAUCACAUUAAUCCUCAAUCAAAUGUCAGCAACAAAUUUUGCCUCACGUCAAGUUUCGUGGAUUCUUCAACAGCUUCAUCAAGCUCAACUCUUAUGAACUCGAUUUCUAAUUCAACUUACAUCGAUGGGAGCACCAGAGAAGAAGAUAGAGAAAUAGGAAACUGUAAUAACUUGUUUAAGUCUGAAUCCCAAGAACUAAUGAAUCCUAAUUAUGUAAGUGAUGAUUAUAUGUUGGUUCAAAUCAAUAAUAAUUUGAAGGGUUUUUGAAUCCCUUCUGUUUUAAUGCUUUA